CUGUGUAUUCUUCAGAUAAAGAUCAUCUAGAAAAGAAAGAUAUAAUAGCAACAAGAAGAAACAAUGGCAGGAAUUAUGCACAAGAUCGAAGAAACCCUUCACAUCGGAGGAGGAGGCCAAAAGAAAGAAGAGCAGCAAAAGGGAGAACAACACCAUGUAGUAGCAGGAAGUGAUCAGCACAAGGGAGAUCAGCAGCACUACGGUGGUGAGCACAAGCCUGAACACAAGGAAGGGGCUGUAGAUAAAAUCAAGGACAAGAUCCAUGGUGAGGGCCAGGGCAAGCCAGAGGAGGGGAAGAAGAAGAAGAAGAAGGAGAAGAAACAUGAUGGCCACGACAGCAGCAGCAGCGACAGUGAUUAGAUCACUUUGCUCAUGAAACAUCGAUAUUAUGUCAUCCAGAUCUAAUCUUUUUAGUUAUUUUAUUUAUGUACCAGAAAUAUGAGGUUUUAUACAAGUACGUACGUAACAAACAUUUGUGUGAGACGUGCUACCUAGAUCAUCCGAUCGUUAAACUUUGUGUGAGUUUUAUUUUGUUGAAAAAUCCGUGCGAUUUUAUAUAUAUAAGUAUAAAUAAAUUUGUGAUCUCUUUUUUUGGUUA